UGUGUGCGUGCGUGCGUGUGUGUGUGUGUGUUUCCCUCUUGUUUGUUACAUGUGAUGAUUUAUGUAGAUUCUCAUUAAUGGUUGUACAGUGAUUUCUGUUUCUUGAAAAAAACUUCAUGUUCUUCUUCUUUUGGGUUUUAUGGUGGUUGUCAAACAUUUGACAACAUGGUUGCCGCAUUCGCAACCUGCUGGACUGUUUUAGUUUCGGUUUAGUUUUCAUGGGCAGACAGAGGAAAGGAUAAGAUGGAUCUAGCAGCAGCCUUCAUUUCCCUCACCUGUGAGGAUCUACCUUUAUGAAAAUCAGUCCAUUCACUCCAUCUUCUGCUGCUGCUGCUGUGCUCUACAGACCAGAAGCAGCACUCGUGUGGAUGUGGACCACAGCGGAUAUCCAAGAUCCGUCCGUAUGAAUCAACUGUCUCAGAAGAAACUGCCUCCGUCUCCUCCUGAGGAUGAUGACAGCGGGGUGAUGAAGGUAGUGGCCAUGUACGACUUCACCGCCAGAGAGAGUUCAGACCUGACGCUCCGUCAUGGAGAAACAUAUGUCAUCCUCCACAAACAAGACCAGCUGUGGUGGAGAGCCAAAGACAGACACGGGAACAAGGGAUUCAUUCCCAGUAACUAUGUUACAGAAAUUGGAACUAUAGAAGCCAACGACUGGUAUUGCAAGAACGUCAACAGAGCUGAAGCAGAACAGUUACUGAGACAAGAGGGGAAAGACGGAGGGUUUGUGGUCAGAAGCUCCAGUCAGCCCAGCGGAUACACAGUAUCUGUUUACGCACAGAGUUCAGGUAAAGGCGAGGUGAGGCACUACCAGAUAAAGCAGACAGACACGGCUCAGUUCUACUUGGCAGAGAAUCACGUGUUCAGCUCUGUUCCUGAACUCAUCAACUACCACAAACAUAAUGCAGCAGGGCUGGUGGCCAGACUGAGAUAUCCCAUCGGGCCCAUGGGCAAAUGUCUGCCGGCUACAGCGGGAUUCAGUUCAGAUAAAUGGGAGAUCAACCCGUCGGAGCUGACCUUCAUGAAGGAGCUGGGCAGCGGUCAGUUUGGAGUGGUGCGACUGGGCAAAUGGAGGGCGCAGCAUAAAGUGGCCAUUAAAACCAUCAAUGAAGGAGCCAUGAGUGAAGAUGAUUUCAUAGAGGAGGCCAAGAUCAUGACGCGUCUCUGUCACCCUAAACUGGUCCAGCUGUACGGUGUGUGCGUCACCCAGCGGCCCAUCUGCAUCGUGACGGAGUUCAUGGAGAACGGCUGUUUGCUUCACUUCCUGCGGCAGCACAGCAAGACUCUGGGACGCGUUCAGAUGCUCUUCAUGUGUCAGGACGUUUGUGAAGGGAUGGAGUACCUGGAACAAAACAACUUCAUUCACAGAGACCUGGCCGCGCGGAACUGCCUGGUGAACGAAAGGAACGUUGUGAAGGUGUGUGACUUCGGCAUGACCAGGUAUGUUCUGGACAAUCAGUACACCAGCUCCAUGGGCUCCAGGUUCCCCGUCAAAUGGUCUCCACCUGAAGUCCUGCAUUUCAGCAAAUUCAGCAACAAGUCAGACGUCUGGUCAUUCGGUGUGCUGAUGUGGGAGGUUUUCUCCGAGGGCAAGACCCCAUUUGAGAACCGCUCUAAUGUGGAGGUGGUGGAGGAGGUGACGCAGGGCGGGCGUCUGUACAGGCCUCACCGGGCGUCUGGGCACAUCUACAACAUCAUGUACCGCUGCUGGCACGAGAGACCUCAUGGACGACCAUGUUUUUCUGAGCUGCUGCAGAAUAUCAGACAGAUCACUGAAGAGGAGACGGACACAUAAACACACACAAGCUCAGAGAGUGAAGGACUGUUGAGGACAUCUGAAUGUUCUGAAGCUGCAUCAUGAUCUACAGCAUGAGCUGUGAUGCGCUGUGUGUUUGAUAAACUGACAUCAUUAGUGAGAUAUUGAGACGUUUGUGCGUGUAAACAUUCAGUAAGUUCACGUCAGUAGAGAUGCUGGUCACUGGAACAGCAGACUGUGUGAAACAAAUCACUUAAUAAACAUACUGAACCAUUUUUUAUUAAAAAAAUAAAUAAAUGCA